GGUUGUUCCGUUUUGAUUUGGUUGGUGGACGGGAGGCUUCGCUUUGCCUUAUGGGAAGAUGGCGCUGAACUCGACUAAUCCUUCGCAGCUGUUACCGCUAGAACUGGUGGACAAAUGUAUUGGUUCACGCAUUCACAUUGUCAUGAAAAAUGAUAAAGAAAUUGUAGGAACGCUACUAGGUUUUGAUGAUUUUGUCAAUAUGGUACUUGAAGAUGUCACAGAAUUUGAGAUCACACCAGAAGGAAGAAGAAUCACAAAACUGGAUCAGAUCUUAUUGAAUGGAAAUAACAUAACUAUGCUUAUACCUGGUGGUGAAGGCCCUGAAGUAUGAACGAAACCCUCCAACUUUCAACUCUGGUUUUGUUUUUUCUAACUUUCUACAAUAUAAUUUCACCAGAAUUGCCAAAAGUUCGCUAAUAUUUUGUAUAUUGAGUGAAGAGUAUGUUGUCUCAGAAGAGGUGAAUCAUGACCAAAAGCAUGUAAAACUUGUUUUUUUUAGGAAAAUAAAUAAAAUGUUUUAAGUUAUAACUUCA